CAACGCAUACCCGUCUCCAAUUCUCACGCCCAUCACAAGUGAAGGAAGGCUACUGGUGCUGGUGCCGGCACUGGCAGCCGGUGCCUAACCAUAUCUACCUCAUAUAACUUUCCACUGGCCGUAGUCGGCUUCUUCUCUGAACUGAAGCAGGGGGGAGACAAGCGCCAUGGCUGAGGAUGCCAGAGGAGAGAAGAAGGAUGCCUACGCGGCGGCGCCGGCGUCCAAGUUGCCGGCGAAGCAACGGGGAGGGUUCAGGAGCAUGCCCUUCAUCCUAGCUUGUUCACUAAAAGAUAGCUAGCAGCAGGUCAUGGGGCGGGUCCACCUAUAAGAGGCUAAGAGCAGCACCAAAAAUCUCACUAUGCCCGGUUUUGAUCUUCGAAUUAAAUUUCAUUCUACUAAUAAUAAUUUAGAUAAAGAUCAAUUAAGCUAAUAUAAUUUUAUGCAAGAUAUAUUUAUAUACUAUUAUUAGAUAUGCGAGUAAUAUUUAUGUGCUACAUAUUUUACUAUAGAGAAGUAAGUCGCGUAUUAUAAGUUGCAGUAUAGAAACAUAUUCCAUUGAUACAUAAAAUCAUUUUCCAAACUCUAUCUCAUAAAUUUGAGAUAGACUUAUACGUAAGCUUUGAAAAGUGAUGAAAUAUCAAAAUCCAAGCCAAAUAGUCUAUUUUAUUAAUUAAUUCUGAUUCCUCCAAAAUAAAUAGAUUCAAACGGCCCGUUAUUGUAAAUGUUUAAGUGUUUUUCUUUUGUCUCCUUCGAAUUUUCAAUUCCGAUCCCUGCAUGCACACCUUCCAGUUUUCAAUUCUGGUCCCUGCAUGCACGCCACCUUUUGGUGUUGCUACGGGAGCGGACGCUGCAUCUGCUAACACGAAUUGAUGGACGAUACCACAUAGCACGUCAAUCCAUGCCCAUCUGGCAGCCUGCUUUUCGUAGCAGUUUUUGUUGUUUUCCCUCGUGGUCAAACCUGUCUAUUUUGAUUGGCACGUCACGGGGCAAUUAAACUACUAAAAACAGGAACGUUUUUGGAUAUGAUUACAUCGAACAAUUCAACCUGUAGAACAGUAUCAACGUACCAUCUGCUUUGUGAGUACUGCAGAUUCUAUACUGCCAAGCUUUUGAUGUCAAGACACCAACCAAUGAAACCAUUAGCGACAUAUUAUUUCUCAGAGGUGUUGCUUUGUUUACAUGUACCCACACGCCCACACACGUUGUGGCUAUCUGUUCUCAUGAAAACAAAAUGACUUUAUCCGAGUUCAGAAUUAUGGUCAUGUUUAAAUACACUAGAGCUCUAAUAGUUAGCUGCUAAAAUUAGUUAAAAAUAUCUAAACAGUCUAAGCUAAUAGUUGCUAUAUGUUUAUUAGCCAGCAAAUUUUACAAGCAUUUUUUAAACUAAUGAACUAUUAACUCUAGUGUAUUCAAACAAUCCUUAAACUUCUAGGAAGGAUAGCUUAGUGGCUCCUAUUUAAUAAUGCAAAAGCUGAACAUUUCUGUCUGGUGCCCAAGAAUUCUUUGAUUUGUACAUGCAUGUUACUUUUGCUACCUCCAAAGGCCCUUGUAUGCAUGAACGAUUUCGAAAGUGUGAAAAUACAUUAACUACGAAAGAGUGAGAGCCCUGGAGGUAUAUGCUAUAUAUAUAUAUAUAUAUAUAUAUAUUCAGUUAGAUAAGGUGCUCUAAAAUCGGCUUAGAAAAUGUGGGCAUACUCCAAAGGCGCUGAAAGUCACUACUCACUAGAGAUACACCGUUAUCUCGGAAUCGAGGAUUUUUCAGUCAUAAAAGAUACUAGUGGGUGGUACGCGGCUUGUUUCAAGGGAUGCGGUCAUGCUACCACCGUCAUCACAAUCACCGGUGCGGCAGUGCCACCACUGCCACGACGACGUUGACCACCACUAGAGAUGAUAGUGGAUUUGGAUCCAAAUUUAUUUGCAUUCUAGUUACUUUAUAUCCAUCAAAAUUCAUUUGAUAAGAUUAUAUUUAGGAUUACUCCAGCUCUAAAAAGUUUGGUGAAGUUAGUAGCAAGUCAUUAGAAGCUUCAAAAAACUGUGAAGCUAGAAUUAUAAAUCUUUUAGAAAACAUUUAGAUGCAUCAUUUUAUUUUUUUAUUAAAUUUAAAAUAUUUAAUAUUAUUUAAAUUUAUAUUAUAAACUAUAGCUAGAAUUUGAAGCAGUCUCAAACACCCCUUAAAGUCUAUUUGGUGUGGCUCUAGUUCUAACUGCUGGAGGAGCAUUACAAAAUACUUCAGAAAAGAGUUGAUUUAUGAUGAACCGUAAAGUACAUAGAUUUGAUGGAUAUUUAAUUUAUACAUGUUUUGUGAUGAUAAAUUUGGGCUGUUUAAACAAAUUAAAGAGGUUAUUUAUUAAUAGAAGAUGUGGGGGGUAAUUUAAGGGUUAUUCUUUUUUUUUUGUCUUUUUGUAUUACUGAGAUUGGUAAUUUAGAUCUAGAUUUAGGAUGUAGCUUAUAUUGCUUAAAGUUAGUGAGCUUAAUGGACAUAUGUUUCUAAUUAUUGUUAUUAGAAAUUUGAAUAGAUGUAAUGAUUAUUGUUGACGAUGGUGACUAACGUCAACCAAGUUAAGAACUUAAGGGUAACAUAUUUUUCAUUACUGUUAGAAUUUUUAUUAUUUAGUUUUAACAUUUCUUGUAAAAAAGAACGCGCCUCCACCUAGCAAUUGUAAAAUUUUACUGUCUUCGUCGAAGCUAAUAUUUCUUGGCAUGGAUGUGCACGACGUACGGCAGCGAAUGACUUCUGCGACCGGCUUGCUUCGGUGGGGUUCACGACGAACCUGAUCUCGUACCUCACCCUGCAGCUGCACCUGCCGCUCGUGGAGGCCUCCAACAUCAUCACCAACUACAAUGGCACUGCUAACCUCACUCCGCUCAUCGGCGGUCUCAUCGCCGACUCCUUUGCCGGCCGCUUCUGGACCAUCACAUUCGGCUCCAUCAUCUACCAGCUCGGCAUGGUCUGCCUUACCCUCUCCGCCGCGCUCCCCUCGCUGCACCCGCCAUCCUGCGCCAAGCACGCUGCAGACUGCCAGCGCGCGUCCUCCUACCAGAUUUCCGUGCUGUACCUGUCUCUGCUCUGCACGUCGAUCGGCACCGGGGGCACGCGCCCCUGCACCAUGGCGUUUGGCGCCGACCAGCUUGAGCUGAACGCGCACAGGCACCGGGGCGCCAAGCCCAAGUGGAGUUUCUUUAACCUCUACUUCUUCGCCGUCGAGCUCGCGAAGCUCGCGGCCGUCACCGCCGUGGUGUACAUCCAGGACAACGUCGGGUGGAGUUGGGGAAUAGGCGUGCCUACCGUCGCCAUGGUCGCCGCGGUGAUCGCCUUCGUGUCCGGGUACUCGCUCUACAUCAGGAUGCCACCCGGGGGCAGCCCCCUGGUCCGGUUGGCGCAGGUCGCUACCGCAGCAUACAAGAAGCGGAAAGCCGUCGUGCCGGACCCGAGCCUCCUGUACGAGGACAAGGAGCUCGACGCUGGCAUCUCCACCACCGGACGCCUUCUUCACACCGACCAGCUAAAGUGCUUAGACAAGGCGGCUAUUGUGACGGACGGCGACGUGCUGCCGUCGGGUCAGCCGAAGCUAUGGCGGCUGUCGACGGUGCACCGCAUCGAGGAGCUCAAGUCGAUCAUACGUAUGCUGCCGAUCUGUGCUGCCGGCAUCAUCCUGGUGACAUCGGCGUCGCACAAUCACAGCUUCGCCAUCCAGCAGGCUCGUACCAUGGACCGUGACAUCACGCCACACUUCAAGAUCCCGCCGGCCUCCAUGCUCAUCUUCACCAACUUCGGUAUGCUGCUGACCCUGGCCUUCUACGAUCGCGUGCUCGUCCGCGUGCUGCGCCGCUUCACUGGCCGCCCGAACGGCAUCACUCACCUCCAGCGCACGGGCGUGGGACUGACGAUCGCCAUGCUGUCCAACGUGGUGGCCGCGGUCGUCGAGCGGAGACGCAAGUCCGUUGCCGCUGCGAGUGGGCUGCUCGACGCUCCCAAGGCCACCCUGCCGAUGAGCGUCUUCUGGCUGGUGCCGCAGUACGCCAUCCAUGGCAUCGCCAACGCCUUCAUGGACGUCGGCCGCAUGGAGUUCCUGUACGACCAGGCACCCGAGAGCAUGCGGAGCUCAGCGACGGCGCUCUACUGGCUGACCUUCUCGAUCGGGAGCUACCUCGGCACGCUGCUGGUGACCAUCGUGCACGACAAGACGAAGCGAACCGGGCAAUGGCUCCCGGACAACCUUAACCGAGGGAAGCUAGACAACUACUACUGGCUAGUCGUGGCUCUGGAGGUGGUCAACCUCGUCUACUUCUUCAUCUGCGUUAAGUACUACACCUUUAAGCCAUUGGAGAUGGUGAGCGGUGAGGAGGUUGAGCUCUACCACCAUGGCAAUGGCACCGACGACGCCAAGAAGCAAGGUGUGGAAGCUUAGAGUGAGCAAAUCCGGAUCCCAACAAGAAGGCUUGGGUCCGGAUGAAAUAAUUGUACUUCGACAUCUCUUUAAAAAAUAGCACCUAUCUUAAAGCAGUUCUGAAUUAGUUAACCAUUUUGUUAAUUAUUUUCAUCUGAA